AUGUCUCGUCCCACUGGCCUCAUCGCCUCCAAGGGCAUAGAGCUCCUGACUUGGGGCACCCCCAACGGCGUCAAAGCCACCGUCCUCCUCGAGGAGCUGCGGGACGCCUACGGCAAGGACUACACCAUGCAGGCCGUCGACAUCAGCCAGAACAUCCAGAAGGAGCCGUGGUUCACUGCCCUCAACCCCAACGGCCGCAUCCCGGUCCUGGUCGACCACGACAACAAUGACCUCGCCGUGUUCGAGGGCAAUGCUAUUUUGAGCUACCUGACCAGGAAGUACGAUCCUGAGCACAAGUUCUCCUUCAAGAUUGACGACAAUGACUACACCCGCGCCGAGUCGUGGAUUGGAUGGCAGCAUGGCGGCCUCGGACCCAUGAUGGGCCAAGCAGGUCACUUCCUCAACGCAAAGGAAGUCAUCCCCUACGGAAUCCAGCGCUACGUAGGCGAGACGGAGCGUCUCAUCGGGAUCCUCAACAACCGCCUCUCCUCGCGUGACUACGUCGUAGGACCGGACCGGGGCCGCUACUCCAUCGCUGACAUUGCCAUGGUCGGCUGGGUCAACGGCCUCCCUCGAUCCACCAUCUCGUGGGAGCAGUUCCCCCACGUCAGGGAAUGGCUGGCCCGGCUGCUCGAGAGGCCGGCUGUGCGUCGGGGUCUUGCACUGCCGAGCGGGGAGAAGAAGCCCACCGGCUUGGAUCCUGUAAGCGACAAGGUACAGAAGGAGAGGGAUGAGUUGAAGAAGGUGGUCGACAAGGCCAAGGAGCAGUACGGAUACAAGUACUCCUCGCCCUAA